CCCUUUCGUCCACUUCUUUUUUGGGGAUUCCUGGCCGUGAUUGAUAGACGCGGGAACCACGUUUCGUCUUUGUGGGAUGAGAGUAAAAGAGAGUGUGGGAGAGAGAAGAAGGCAAGGCAGGGUGGCGGCAUGCCACCCGGCGGCUUCUCGAUGCGAUGAGCAUUGUUCCCGCACCCCCCAUAAGAGAUGAAGGCAUCCCCCGCGCGUGCUAUGCCGCGAGGGCGGAUGUCUAUCGGGCUGGUAUCCGGAAACUCUCUCAUUGCUUGUUGGCAUCUGAAGCUAAGGCAGUAGACCAAACUGACUGGGCCCAAUCGCAUUACACACUUUGAAGAGCAGAAACACAUUUCGCCCAUCAUGCCUGGUGCCGGCUCAAGAGGCAUUAGCCUCUUAGUAUGGAUUGUUGUCUUUACCGUUGUCGAUGCUUCGUUUUUAUGUCUGCGAGCUUGGUCAGCGAGGGUGAUGAGGAGAUCCUUCUACUGGGAUGAUGGAAUGAUCAUCUUCGCCUUUGCCAACAUUGUUGCGCUAGAGGGUGUUGUCAUUUGGGCCAUUUACAAUGGCUUGGGCAAACACACCAAUGAGUUGACUCUGGAUGAGUAUGCUGUUCAGUUCAAGCUCAUCCUCGCCAGUGGUGUUACAUGGCUCUUGGGAACCGUCUUCAUCAAGAUGGCCAUCCUGUGGCUGUACACCAGAAUAUUUUCCACGGCCAAGUUCAAGCGCUGGUCGCAUAUCCUCAUGGGCGUCACGGGUGCCUACGGUGUCGCGUUCCUUAUUCUCUUCAUGAGUAGGUGCUCGCCCAUGUCUCAGCAGUGGGCGCCGGUCGAAGGUGGUCACUGUCGCGAUAUCACCGUCGACCAGCUUGUUUCGGUGACCAUUAACAUCGUCGUCGACAUCGCCAUGACCGCUCUGCCGAUGCCGGCGCUUUGGGGUCUUCAAAUGCCUCUCAGAAACAAGAUCGCCGUCAGUGCCAUGUUUGGUAUGGGUUUUGCAACAAUCGCAAUUAUGAUUUGGCGUCUAGUCAACACUGUCACCACCAUCGGCGACCUUGACUUCGUCUAUAACCUACACGACAUCGGACUCGUCAGUCUCCUCGAGCUCUGGAUCGGUAUCAUCAUCGCAUGCCUGCCGACCCUGGGCCCCCUCUUCAAGACCUAUGUCAAGCCGGCCGUCUCCAAAUUCGGCUCCAAGCUGACGAACCCGUCAACGGACAAGGGCGGCCAGAUCAAUCUCAAGGAUCUGACGAGCAGCAGCGGCGGCCACAGCAUCCGUCACCCCCGUCGGACGUACGACAAGCUUGGCGACAAUACCUCCGUUGUGGACCUCGAGCGCGCCGAGCUGACGACAAAGUGUCAGUUCUCCCCGGGAGCCGAGGCGCCCAGGGGCAGCAGGCCGGUCAUCUACGUUCAUCAGGACAUUGCGUCGCAGGAGACUUGGAAGCGAGGGGCGCAGGCUUAAGCCGGAGACUGGGAUCGGGUGUUAGGGAGGGGAACGGGGAGUUACGGCCGAUGGAUGAAAUUUAUUCGAGAUAUGAGAUAUGUACACUUCUUGACGCACCAGUUUGCUCUGUAACCAUAUAGCAUUUUCUUUUGUCUUCACUUAUCACAAUACUCCUUCAUUCAUCACUGAAGGAAACAAUCGAGCAUUCACAUUGCAUCUUGAAGUUAAGCAGCCCCGGGAGUGUCUCAUACAUAGUACUUGCACCUGCAGACAUCGUACACACUCUGGAGAGACUUCCGGGAGAUUUUCCAAUAAAUCAGGGCUUUACAAUUACUUGCAGCCAAACCUCCCUGGGUGUCCGUGUCGAUCAC